AUGAAGGAAGCAAUCAAAGAAAAAUAAGCUAAUGAUCAUAGUAUUCAAUUAAGAAUUAGAAAGUUUAGAGACGAUUACAAAUUGAAUAAAGAGAAUCUUAGUUAUUGAACAGUUGGAUGAACGAUGAUGGCUCUGACUAUGGUCUGUAGGUAAUCAAAGAGAAGGAUCAUUUAUAAUUCAUUAAUUCUUUUUUUACCACUACUGAAAUAAUGAGCCAAUUUAUAAAUGUUUAAGAAGAAGGCUCUGAUUCCAAAUGUGAAAUUAUAAUUGUUUAGAGUCAAUUUAAAUUAAUUUGUAAAGAAUGUGAGAGAAUACAAAGCAAGAAUGAUUUAGAAAUGUGA